UGCAAUCUCAUCAACCCACGCUCCCUAUAAUUUUUCGCUCGUCGCCGAAUCGACUCGACAAUACCCCACGAUGACGUCCGGCCGCGACGUGCGCGAUAUACUCGGGCUGCCCGUGGGCGGCGACCCUCAGAAGACCUCGACCCAGAGAAAGCCGAAGCCCGCGGCGACCGUGAGGAGAAUACAAGGCGUUGCUCGCGAGGUUGCGGCGCUGUAUGGCGAACGGCCUCCCCCAGUCGCGGUCUACGAAGAGAAGAAGACGUAUCGAGCGAAGAGGCAGAGCACUGGGCCGGCAAAGAAAUGGAUACAGCAACCGUUCAUGAACCAAGCUCGCACCGACGGACUCGUUCUCAAGCACUGGCGGCGCAAGCGCACGAACGCACCUCCUGCACAAGAUGGCGAAGACACAGCAAUGGAGGACGGUGAGAAUACGGAACCAUACAUUGAGUCCUGCGGAGACUUUGCGAAAUACAACAUCACCGCGGACCUUCCUACCUUUACGGACGAGGAGUACGACACACAUCUGCGGAGCGAUGACUGGAGCAGGGAAGAGACGGACUAUCUAUUCGAACUGGUCCAAGCGUAUUCAUAUCGGUGGGCUGUGAUAUGGGAUCGCUACGACUACCAGCCUUCAACUAAAUCGCAUCUCGCCCAAGAAACGACGAACGGAGAUACAAGCCAAGCGCUGGCGGCUCUUCCAUUUGCGCUGCCGAGGCAGCGGAGUGUAGAAGAUCUAAAGGCGCGCUUCUAUGAUAUCUCGGCCAAGCUCAUGAAGCUGCGGAUACCGGAGAUGCAGAUGGACGCAGACCAAUACAGCACGUAUGAGACCCUAACCAAGUUCGAUCCCGUGCUCGAGCGAAACCGGAAGACGCUGGCAGCAGCACUCAUGAACCGCAAUAUGGACGAGGUCAAAGAAGAAGAGUUCCUUCUCGCCGAGCUCCAGCGCAUCAACAUGGCCGCUAACCGUCUUGAUGCCGAGCGCGAGGAACUACGUGCACGGCUGGACGCUCCAGUGCCAAAUCCACAGCUCUCAGCCGGCCUGGCCUCUUUCACAUCCUCUCAAGCUCUACAGGCAUUAUUCUCGCAGCUAUUCCAACAAGACAGGAGCAAGAAACGUGCAUCCGGGGCAGGUCCCGGUCCCGGCAGGCUUAGUAUUUCCGCCAGCGACCUUAUCGCUACUCCUAGCUCGGCGCAAGCACAGAUUUCGGCGAACAGGAGACAGAGCAUGGCACAACCACCCAUUCAGACACCCGUGAAGCAGCUGUCACCCCCACAAGAGUACCGGUUCAACGUGUCGACACACGAGCGGCUCACUUCUGGAGUUACGUUUGGAUCCGACAAGCUUCUUAAGAUGCGGCAAGCGAAGUCAAACGUCCAGACGCAGAAGAUUGCUGCUGCACUAGCGGAAUUAGGUAUCAGCGAAGUCAUCAGCAUACCAACAAGUAAGGUCGGUGAGGUCUUCGAGCAGCUCGUCACCAAAGUCGGCAAGCUCCUCGACGUACGCAAAGUCCGCGAGAAGGAAGAAGGCGAAUGCCGUGUCCUGCAAGCUAUGAAAGAGCGACGAGCAAGUGAAGUGCAACAGGACGGUACCAACGCCGACGACGCCGCACAUUCGAAUACCACUCUCACCCCCGGAGCGAAACAAGUGAUCCCAGAUUCGCAGGAGUCGCCUGAUCGGGAUGAAGAUGGCGAAGAUGAGGAUGCCGAGGGAGAUGCUGAUGCAGAUGCGGAUGCCGAUGGGGAGGUGGACGUUGAUGCAGAGGGCGAGGAGGACGACGAGGAUGCGGAAGGCGAGGAGGAGAGCACGAGGCAGGUGAGUGAGGCUAUGAGUACGAGGGGGCAGAGCGCGAGUGCGGGCCACAAGAGGAGUGCGAGUGUGCUGAGCCAAGCGAGUAACAAGAGCUCGAAGAGGGCGAGGAAAUGAGGUGUGGGGUCCUUCGGGUUGAGGUUUUCUCAUGCACAGCGUAGGCGUUUGGGAGGUUUAUGACAUGGCAAAGGAGCGGCCAGGCAACUGCCUCUAGACCUUUGCUUCUCCAGGAGAUCACACAUCAUUCUCAAAAAAAGGCUAUCCCAGUCCUCAAAAGAACGUUGUAGGAAUAAGUCUAUAUCUUCCGCCCCUAGAUCUUCGCCCUCGAAGGGAAUUCGCCAUCCAACCUGUUAAAAAGUGGCGCUCUUCGUCCACCCCGAAAAUCAUGCAACAUCUCCUUACUCAUCCACAGCUCUCGCGUCCUCGCGAGUCCCCUUUCCAAAUCCACAAAUUUGUCCGCCUGCACGAAGAUCCCUGCGCCGUUCGCCUUCAAUCCCUCAUUGAAUAACCAGCACACGGCCAAGGCAAUCGAUUCGGCCUUGUUGAUCGGCACGCCGACGGCAGCCAUCUCUUUCGCCCACGCGUCGGGCGACAUG